CAGAAUUGUCUUGAUUACUUACCAAUGGCAAGAUCGAGACAACAUUUCUCUAGCCAAGAUUCCUCACUGUCACCGACUUCAGUGAGAUCACGAGAAUGGGAGGGUCCAUCAAGAUGGACUGAGUACUUGGGUCCAGAAACAACUUCUCCAAUGAGUUUGAGGAGCUCCAGGAAUGCAGGUCCUGAUGUCCAUAGUUCAGGCGGGUCCCACAAAGGAUUGAACAUGCAGUGGGUAGUUCAACUAAUUGAAGUGGCAGAAGGUCUUAUGGCUAAAAUAUAUAGGUUGAACCAAAUUUUGGAUUACCCGGAUCCAGUUGGCCAUGUAUUUUCAGAAGCAUUUUGGAAAGCCGGUGUGUUUCCUAACCAUCCAAGAAUUUGCUUGUUACUCUCAAAGAAGUUCCCUGAACAUUAUAGCAAGUUGCAGCUUGACCGCAUUGAUAAGGUUGCUUGGGAUGCCUUACAUGAUAAUGCAGAACUUCAUUUACAAAGCUUGGAACCAUGGAUCCAGGUACGGA